ACCAUCCGACCCAUCUAUCUUUCUAUCUACCAUAGCAUUCCCAGCUUCUCUCCCCAGAGCCAGACCUCUGCUCUGCCACCGUCCCGGGUGAAAUCAUCUUCCAUCAGGUCACAUCUCUUCAUCAUAGGCCUGGGUGAAUCGUCUUCGAUCAGGCGAUGGGUUAGACAGUAUGCUCCGCCCUCAUGGUUUUCUUCUGCCGCUGCUACCAGUACUAGCUACUAUUUUCUUUUGAUCGAGCUCAGAAUCAAAAUGGGUCGUCGUCCAGAAAGACUGUGCAUAGACAGUAUUGAUGAUGCCCCCAGAAAGUUACUUGAUCUUCUGCUUCGAUUAGAGUACAGUCAUAGAGCUAAAUCAUUCUUCCUGGCUGGCUGGUACAACGCUGAGGGUGUUGGAGCUUCUGCUAUUCUUAGAGCCACUGCCGAACUCCUGAAAUCCGGCACAAGUCAUCCUGACACGAGGGAGCAUUUUGGAAAAAUUAUUCAUGUCGACUACUCUCUAUGUAAAAACAAAAGAGCUAUGCAGAGGGCAAUCGCGAAGGAGCUAAACCUUCGUCAUUUAAUGCCGAUGUUUGAUAAGCAGGAUGAGGAUGAUGAUUUUAGAGGGAUAACCGUCAGCUCUAGGAAAGAGAUAGAGAGCAUCGGAAGUGAGAUAUAUGCAUUUCUAAGAAACGAAAGAUUUCUGAUGAUUUUUCAUUAUGAGGGAGAAGAAUAUAUUGAUCUGGCCGGGUGUGGCAUUCCUAAUCCUGAAUUUGGAAUGUAUGCUACAGGAAAACUAUUAUGGAGCGGAUAUGGAAGAUUUCAGCUCUUGGGGAGAAAAGGGGGGUUAAAGUCCAAUUCUGCUUAUUUUAAAAUAAUUACUGUAUAUCCUGCUAAUGUUGAUACCGAUCAAUUACUACAUCAUUUAUUGGAAAAAGAAGCUGCUGAAGUGAUUGAUUACACUGGCAUGGACGGCAUCAACCCAUCAAUUGUUUUGGAUUGCUUCUUGUACUCACUCUUCCUAGUAAAGAAAGAACGAGGGAACCAUAUCAAUGUUGACUAUGAAUGGGAUACUCAUGCUUGCAAUUACUGGAUAUGUGAUGGCAUCCUUCAUGGGGACAAUGCAUGCGAUGUUGGUAGUGCAUUGUAUAGUGUGAUACAAAUGGUGCCCUAUCUAGCCGCAAUAACAUUAGAUAUGUUACUCUUUCAGCCACACACAGAACGAUAUAAACAUUGGAUUUCAAUCUCCUCCAACAAAAAAAUAUCACAAGAUGCAUCAUCCUGUUUCCAAUCAUUUGCGGGAGAUGGUCAACCAAAACUAAAGAAUGAUAUUUUUCAACUAGCCAGCAACCUCCGUGUGCUAAAACUCUGCAAGUGCAACUUUGAUUUUACAUCCCCUCCUUUUCGAUGCUGCCACAACCUAAGAUUCCUUUGGCUUGAUCAUUGCACAAACACAAGGGAGGAUCAAGGUGGCUGGCCAUUUUUCCCAAACAUGUUGGUUCUUGAUAUACGCUUCACCAAUAUUCCUUUGUUACAAGAGACGAUAGAGGUGAUGACCAAUCUGAGGGAGGUAAAUACCAAAGGUGUCUCAUGGAGGAUGAUCAAUCAUGCAUGGAAAAAGCUGCAAAACCUUCACAAGCUUCGGGUAACUGAAUCCUCAGAUGUGAUCACGGCGGACAACUGCUCUUCCAUGGAUAUGAUGAAUCUGGAACUUCUUGACUUGUCGGGUAACAGUCAUAUGGACUCAUUGCCUACAAUGUCACCAGCAGGAAACCUAAAGAUGCUUGUUCUUGACGGCUGUUCUAGCUUGGAGCAUGUUGCACUAGAAGGAGCCCCUCCACUGCUCGAGAGUUUUAGCUUCGAUGGUUAUGGCCCAGCAAAGAGGUGGACACACCCCAUAGAACUACCAAAACCAGAGUUGCGGCCCAAGUCUCGUACUCGUUUAGUUCAAGAAGCCAAGGUGAGAAGGAUUUCUCUAAAGGGUUGUGCUCGAUUGUGCAAUAUUUUCUUGCGUGGAUUGCCCAAUCUUGAGGAGCUGGACCUAUCUGGCACAACCAUUCAGGCACUUGACCUCAGCGUGAUGGAUGUCCCAGGGCUAAAGAAGAUAUUCCUGGUGGGUUGUGAGCAACUGAAAAGCUUAUCAUGGUCUGGAACAAACAGGUCACUGGGAGUUAUACACGUAGACACUCGGAGGAAUACUAGAUCGGUGUUUGACCGUGAAGAACAAAUGUCCUCCCAGGUGCUAAUGGCAUUUACAGAUGGAAGAUUCAUUUGGUCCUUCAUAUAUAUACUCUAUUGGUGUACUCGGUGUAUCUCGAAAAUCCAUAUCCAUAUUUCUUCCACAAUUCAAGCCCAAGUGAACAUCACCAAAGGUAUCAUGGCGAUUGUUCCUAGCCUAGAGGGUUUGGUUCCAACUAGGCCCUUCUUACCAUACAAGGAUAUUGUCCUUAACAAGGAUAUUGUAGCACUCUCGUCCUUGGUGUGGGACCACCGACAACUUUAUCCUUUGGGUGGGCAUCUCGAGAUUGGUGAAGGAAGCCACCAUUUGGACAAUUUGGAUAAAAACGAAGAUUCAAGAAGUUUCAUAAACUCUAUGGUUGAGUCUCUGCAUGUGCAUGAUAGUAUCUCUAUCACAACUAUCCUUCCUGGAGUAACAAGACAUUGGGUCAAGCUAAAAUGGUGCCAUGUUGAGAGGUGCUGCAAGCUGCACACUGUGUUCCCUAGUUGGGGUGGAUAUCGGAGCUUUGAGUCAUUAAGGAUAUUUUCUGCAUCUGAUCUCCCAGUGGUCUACUACAUUUGGGCCACAUACACUAAUUAUUACUGGACGUCCUUCCAAGAGCUACAACACAUAUACUUGCACAAUUGUCCAAGGCUGGAGAUUGUCCUCUCCAUUUCUUUCACAUUGCCAAACUUGGAGAGCAUUCAGAUUGCAUAUUGUGCUAACCUCCAACAUAUUUUCCCAUUGAACGAGAAGUGCCCUCAAAAGAUAGCAUCGGGUGUCACAUUUGAGAAGCUGAAGUACAUCAAGUUGCACUAUGUCCACAAACUAGAGCAGAUAUGCACGACCAAACUGACAGUGCCGAAGUUGGAGAUGAUUAGCCUCAGGGACUGCUGGGCCUUGAGACGGCUACCAGCCUUGUCACGCCAAGGCCCCAAGCCGGUGGUGGAUUGCGAGAAGGACUGGUGGGACAGGCUCGAGUGGGACGGCUCCGACGCCAACCACGAUCCAUCACUCUUCGAGACAAGCCACUCAGCUCACUACAAGAAGACCCUCCCGAGGGUCUCCGUUCUAAGGUAAUCUGGAUCGUGCAAAGGGAGGUCGAUCGAGAUAGGCGUACAUGGACCAUGCAUCAUUGAUCUUAUUGCAUCCUGGUAAAAUCAAGUUGAAAUGAUCCCAUAGCUGUCUGAAGUGUUUCCGUUUAAUUUGCAAGUGUGUUCGUUACAAGCUUGAUCUGCGGUGUGGCGUUGGUGCAAGUCUUGUUGCUACAUGCGCGGCGAAUAAAAUGGUCCAUAUACCUGAUAUGAUCUGGAUAUGUACGUGGGUGUGUUCUGGGAUUGGUGUGCGGUCAAGCAGCACUGGAUUGUACCGCUCGGUCUCUCUAGCUUGGUGUGGUGUGGUGUUCACGACCGAUCAAUCUGGGUUUUUUCAGUUUUAUUGGUUAACUGCUUGUUUGUAAUAAAAAAAGGUUGUGUGUGCUGGUGUGCAUCAUAAAUGUAGCUGUGUGUGAUUGUCUGAUUGAUGGACCAUGAAUUGAGCUUAAUUUGUGUUUGGUUGUUGAAACAAGAACCAUGUGCACUUAACUGUCCUGGGGUAUAGUGGAUCGAAAAUCUUGUGGUAUAUAUUGCCAUAUCUACUCAUAUAUAUUCUGCUAGACUGGACGUGAGGCUACUGGUGAUGAGCUUGAUGCCUGCUGCCGAAUCCAAGACCAGUCCGUCACCAUUGAUGAAGAAGUGGCGUCAGGAGGUUUCCUGUUAUAUCUAGUUCGGUUCAGUUUUGCUGAGGUUGCCGUGGGCCGUGGGACGUUGGAUGUGGAGUGCAAGCUGGAUGGGAAGGGAGAAGUUAGGCGUGUCACUGAAUUCGGCUCCACCGACACCGAGUAGGGCGGUCGAAGCCGCCACCGGCCGCUGCGCCGGCUCCCGCCUUCACAUCACCUCCCACCUGCCCCUUGCCUCGCCGCCUUCCGUCCGACCUCGCCCCUUCGCCUCCACGGCCGGGCCCUCCCUCUGCCUGCUCGGACCCCUUCUGCCCCCGCCCAACGGCCGCCUACAAGAAGCUGCUCGCGAGUCGUGCACCCACAGACAAAAGCAGGGUGAAUGCCCCAGGGGCACUAGUUCCGCUGCCGUCGCCGGAGGCGCACUUCAAUUCCGCCGCAGGCAGGCCGCAGUCUACUCCACCAGCCGACCACCAAAUCAGUGGUAAUGAUCUAAUUCAGUUGGCUAAUUUUGCUUGGUCUUAUUCAGUCCUUUGCACUAAAAUCGGUGCUAUGCACAUGAUGGAGCAACCUAGUUUUUUAUGAUCUUAUUAUUCAGUACUACAGAAGUAGAAGGCAGCGGCCUUUGCUAAUUUCACUGAAUAUUUAGUGCGUACCUUAUCAGGCCAAUGAGACGUUUGUUUCUGUCUGGUUCUGAUGAUUUUCAGCUAAGACUAUUACUGUUCUUCGGAUUAGUAAUUUUGCCCCAAUUAAGUUAAUGUCAAAAAAUUAUUAGGAUGAACAAAUAUAUAGGCCAGUACCUUCUCAGGCAUGCACCAAAAUUCGGCAUGGUCAUAUUCAGGCCUUUGCAUGCCAUAUAGUUUGGUGUUAAUACUUUUUAGCCUUAAAUAUGAGGAAUUUAAUUUUCCGAUAACUGUAGGAUUUCAUCAUCUUUGCUGAGGCUAAGCUGCGAUUAACUCUGGGUGCUAGUUUCGUACUUGUACUGUGCAUCAAUAAUGAUCUAACAGGCUUGUCGAUAAUGUGCAGAACUGUAUUAUCUCUUUGUUAAAGGCAACUUUGUAUAAAGUAGUAGAGGUGCUAUCAUUGUCAGACUACAUCCUUUCUGUUUUUUUUCUCGAACACACGCCAAAGCGUGUGUCUUUAUGUAUUAGAAGAAAACCGCAAGCGGGUGGUACACCAGAGUAGCGAAGCUACAAACGUUAAAGAUAAAAAAGCGAAAAAAGAACUGAAGGUUAAGCAAAACAAGAAAGAGAAAAGAAGAAGAAGCUACAUCCUUUCUGUUAUGUCGAUGCAAAAAAAACUUGGUUCUAGAAAUGUGUGCAUGCUAGAGAGAAGCAAUCUUGCUGUGCUAAGUCUCGGUUUGGCUGAACUAGGACUCCAACUGCAUAAGAAUGUCAUCAUUAUUUGACAGUUACAGGUUAAGAUCAGCAAUGGUGUUCUCA